GGGGCGUGGCCGUAAAGCAAUGCGGAGCCUUCGCCGCCUUCUGGGCGCCCUUGAAAGGACCGUGGGCCAUGGCUGGCAUGGCGUUUGGCCGCGGGACCAGUCUGGACCUUCUGCGGUCCUUGCCGAGAGUGAGCCUGGCCAAUCUGAAGCCCAGUCUUAACUCCAGAAAACGGGAAAGACGUCCAAGAGAUCGGAGAAGAGGUAGGAAGUGUGGCAGAGGCCAUAAAGGAGAAAGACAGAGAGGAACCCGGCCCAGGCUGGGCUUUGAGGGAGGGCAGACUCCAUUUUACAUCCGAAUCCCAAAAUAUGGAUUUAAUGAAGGACAUAGUUUCAGGCACCAGUAUCAGCCUCUGAGUCUCAGGAGACUACAGUAUCUCAUUGAUUUAGGUCGAGUUGAUCCAACUCAACCUAUUGACUUAACGCAGCUUGUGAAUGGGAGAGGUGUGACCAUCCAGCCACUUAAAAGGGAUUAUGGGGUCCAGCUGGUUGAAGAGGGUGCUGAUACUUUUCAAGCAAAAGUUAAUAUUGAGGUGCAGAUGGCUUCAGAAUUAGCCAUUGCUGCAAUUGAAAAAAAUGGUGGUGUUGUUACUACAGCCUUCUAUGACCCAAGAAGUCUAGGGGACUUGAUGCCCUCUUCUGACUUCCAUGGGUGCCAGGCGAGAUACUCAUUCAUACACAUAAGAUAAUAAAAAAGCCAUUGAGAAAAGACUUCUGACCAGCAUCUGGUAUCCAUGUGUGCCUGCAUCUGCCCUCACACCCCAUUUCUGUACUAAGAGGGAAAAUUUUGUUAUGAUCUGAAUCCUUGGUCUGUCUCUCUCUCUCUCUCUCUUUUUUUUUAACGUAAGUCACUUUUCUUUGGUAAGUAGAAGGUUAUUUCUAGGGUGAAAGUGUCACCUGGGGUAGAGGAGAGUGGGCUCUGAUGUUAGUGCGAGUCCCGUGAGGGUUGUCUUCUGUGGUACCUUGCUCAGGCCACUGCACUGUGUAGCUUUGCUCAUUACACGCCUGUACCUGCAGAGCCAUCUGGAUGAGACACGUGACUAGGGUUUAAAGCAGAACUAGAUUUGGGACUUUGGCAUGCAAUUUAUUCUCUGCCUCAGUUUCACCAUCUGUGAAAUGGAGGGUAAAAUUAAAAAUUGGUUAGUAUAAAAUAAAAAUUACCUUAGGAAUUUUACUGCUAUAAUCAACACUAUGACCAAAAGCAAGUUGGGAAGGAAGGGGAUUACUUGACUUACACUUCUAUAGCACUGUUAAUCCAAGAAGGAAGCCAGGAUAAGAACUCAAACAUAAUAGAAGCUGAUGUAUAGGCCAUGGAGGGGUGCUGCUUACUGACUUGGUGCUCAUGGCUUGCUCAGCCUGCUGUCUUACAGAACCCAAGAUCACCAGUCCAGGAAUGGCACCACCCACAAUGGGUUGGGUCCUCUCUCAUUAAUCAUUAAUUAAGAAAAUGCCCUACAGGCUUGCCUAUAGCUGGAUCUCAUGGAGGCAUUUUCUUAAUUGAGAUUCCUUCAUUUCAGAUGACUGUCAAGUUGACAAAAUGGCAGUUAGGAAGUCGCUAAUGUUUGAAAAGCACGAGGCACGUGUCCUGUCUGUAGGCCUCUAGGGGAUUGGUGAGUUGGUGUCUUCUGGUCCUCAGGUACCUGCUAUCCUCUCCCCCUUACGACUUACACAUAGUCUCUGUUUAGCCUUUUGUAAGUCAUUCUCGAGUUUCAGUAAUGAGAAGAAAAUGCAUGGUAGAUUUUAUAUUGUUUUUAGCAGGA